AUGUCAAAAAUAUUUUUAAUUGAUCCAGAAACAGGCAAUAAUUAUCAAGGCGAUGAACAAACAGUAACUAAUUUACUUCGAGAAAAUGCAGCAUUAAUUCGAACAAUAAAAGAAUUACAAAAUGAAGGAAAUAAUGAUAAUUUAUUUGAUUAUAUGAAACAAUUACAUCGAAAUAUCUUAUGGCUUAGUUUACUAGCUGAUGGGACAUCAAUAAAAAACAAAUAG